UCAUUCAGAUGACUUAAAAGUGCGUGUCAUAUCGAUAUAUACCAAGACUGUAAUAUUUCGGUGGUAUGAACACCAUGGAGGAGGAAAAUCCUCGCAACGGACGCAGUGCAAAGAAGCUCAAGGAAUGGGGGCGACUCCGGACUUUCCUCGGCGGCAGUUCUCGGCUCGCAGGCCGCCGGCCGCACAGGCACAAGGGCGAGGGCUUCACUAUGGUCGACCUGGAGGGGAACCCUUUGCCAGUCUCCGACAUAGACGCAGUAGAAAACGAACAAGACGCAGAUCCCAACGUUUCGGGAAAGAAUGACCAGCUUUUUAAAGUCGCAGCCUCCGGACGCCUGGCGGACUUCAGUCAGCUGUGUCAGAUGGACCCCUCCCGCCUGCAGUCACGUGACCGGACGGGCGGCACCCCCUUACAUCACGCCGCCGGAAAUAACCAGCUCUCCAUCAUGCAGUACAUCCUCGGGUUGAACAGUGGUGUAUGCGGUGUGAUGACCAAGCCUGGCGACAAGCAACCUGCAGUUGACAUCAACGCCCAGGAUCACCACGGCAGGACGCCCCUGCACUGGGCGGUGAAGGAGGGCCAUCCCGAGGCGGUGGAGCUGCUGCUGCAGCACGGUGCUGACGCGGAGGUGCAGGACGAGGAGCAGGCCGCGCCCAUCCACAUGGCGGUGGAGACCGCGCAUGUCGAGUGUCUUAAGGCCUUGCUGAACCAUCCGGACAGUGUGAACGUGAACCUACCCGGACACGGCGGGGCGAUACCACUUCACUACGCAGCGUGGGGGAACGACAAACAGUGCAUGAAGAUACUGAUAGAGAACGGGGCCUACCCAUGCAUACGGUGCAACGCUGGCUACACCUCCAUACACGCUGCAGCCAUGAAAGCGUGUUGUGGAACGCUGGAGUAUCUCAUUGAAUUAGCGGAGGAAAAGGGAUACAAGCGAGAGGCCCUACUGUCCUUUAAGAACAAGCAGGACCAGAUGCCUCUUCACGCGGCCGUGAACGGCGGGAACAAGGAGGCGGUGGUCAGGCUCAUCCGGAUAGGCGCCAGGAUAGACGCCAAACAGGAUGACGAGUCCACCCCGAUGCACCUGGCCUCUUCCCAGGGUGCGCUGGACAUCAUAAAACUGAUGAUGGAGACGGCAGACCAGAAGAGGCAGACCAUCCACCUCCGGGACAUCCAGCGGAUGACUCCCCUGCACAAGGCGGCGAUGUUUGAUCACACGGGCACGGUGGAGUACUUGUUGGAAGAGGGUGCUGACCUGAACUGCACGGAUAACGAGGAGCGGUCCCCGCUGCUGCUGGCGGCCUCGCGCGGCGCCUGGAGGACCGUGAAGGUUCUCCUGUCCCGGGGAGCCGACCCCAACCUGCGGGACCUCAACAGGCGGAACUUCCUCCACCUGGCUAUCCUGGGGGGCGGGGGAGUCGCCACGUUCCACGGCGAACUGAGCACGGGAAGCCUGCGAGAGUUACUGGAUGACAAGGAUGAGUUCGGCUGUACUCCGCUUCACUACGCCUCCGAGCAGGGGCACCUGAAGAGUAUCGAGUUACUCCUGCAGCAGGGGGCCAGCGCCAAGGUCAAGAACAACGAGAAGCAGUCAGCGCUACACUUCGCUGCUAAGUAUGGGCGACUGAACACCGUCCGGAGUCUGCUGAACAGUCCGCAGGGCCCGAACAUCAUCAACGACCCUGACGGGGUCGGCGACACAUCGCUGCACAUGGCGUCAGCUAACGGGCACACGGCGGUGGUCAAGUUUCUACUGCAGAAGGGGGCCUUCAUUCACAGGUGUCAGGGCGGUCGGACAGCGCUUCACCUGGCCGCACAGGGAGGACACACACAGACCAUCAGGGUCUUACUGAGCACGCAUGCGCACCUGCUGAAUCAGACGGACAAGGAAGGGAACACCGCGCUGCACCUAGCGGCCAGAGAGUCAAAGGCCUCCACCGUGCUGUUCCUCAUGUCGGAGGAAGCGGAGUUCAAGUUGAACAACAACAAGAAAACGUUCUUCGAGGAUGCCAUUGAGCUGAGGAACAGGGACGUGGCCAUGGCCGUUGUAGGGCACGAUAGGUGGACGGAGGCGCUGACUACCUUCAGCCACGACAACUUCCCGCCAAUCUACAAGCUCAUCGACGUCCUGCCUGACAUCUGCAUGUAUGUGCUGGACAGAUGCCGGACAACAGCGAGUUGUGACGAAAAGAGCCAGGAAUACUGGAUCAAGUACAGUUACCAGUUCAUGCAGUGCCCCCUAGAAUGGCGGUACAAGAUGUUAAAGGAAGGGAUCAUGGAUGUUCCUCCCUUGGCAGUUUUAAACAAAAUGGUUGAUGCCAAUCGGGUUGAGCUAUUGUCACAUCCUGUCUGCAUCAACUUCCUGGACAUGAAAUGGAACGCGUACGGCAGAUUUGUGUACCUUAGUAACCUGAUCCUGUACCUGAUCUACCUGAUCUUUCUGACGGUGUUCGUGGCGACUUCGGCGCACCCCACCAGCCACACUGACUUUGCUCCGAGCGCGUGGGGAAACAGUAGCAUGAACGGUACUGGUGUGAACGGCACCAGUGUGAACGGCAGUAGCGUGAACGGAAGCGAUAUACAACAUCUUCACAACAUCUGCCAGUUCAAAGAGCGCCACUGGUUGGAAAACACCUGCAUCAUCAUCUGCCUCGCUUUCGGCGCCUUCAAUGUCCUGAAGGAGAUAGGUCAGAUGAUUCACCAGAAGCAGAAGUACUUCCGCGACGUGACGAACCUGCUGGAGUGGUGCCUGUACGUGGCCACGCUGGUGUUCAUCGUGCCGUUCCUGACGGACGCCUGCGAGCGGGAGGACAUCGUGCGGCUGCAGUGGCAGAUGGGCGCCGUGGCCGUCUUCCUGGCCUGGUUCAACCUCAUGCUCUACCUGCAGAGAUUUGACAUCUUCGGGAUCUUCAUCGUGAUGUACAUCGAGAUCCUGAAGACGCUGCUGCAGGUCCUGAUGGUGUUCUCCUUCCUCGUCAUCGCCUUCGGACUCGCCUUCUACAUCCUCGGGAUGUCGGCGGACACCCUUGCACACAGCACAGCCGGCCUGUCCUUCCUGCGCACCGGGAUGAUGAUCAUGGAGGGUCCCGAGUCUGUGGAUAACGUCAUCGUGCCGUACGUGCAGAACACCCUGCUGUACCCAGAACUCACCGUCGUCUUCAUCAUCGCCUUCACUCUGCUCAUGCCCAUCCUGCUCAUGAACCUACUGAUCGGUUUGGCAGUCGGUGACAUCUCCGGUGUCCAGAGGAACGCUCAGCUGAAGCGGUUGGCCAUGCAGGUGGAACUCCACACAGAAUUAGAGUCCAAGUUACCGGAGGUGCUCGUGAAGAAAGUGGACAAAGUGGAGGUGACUGUUUAUCCCAACACCUGCAAGGGGAAAAUAGCCAACAUAAUGACCCAGCUGCGAGCAGGGGUGGGGAUUGAUGACGGGAACUCGGUGGAUCACGACUCGGCGCGAGGUGACGCUCUGGACGCCACCGUCAACACCAGGAGCCUCGCCGUGGAGAUGGACAAGCAGAAGAGAAGGAUGAAGGAGAUGAACAGCAUGCUGGUCCAGCAGCACCAGCUCCUGCGGCUCAUCGUGCAGAAGAUGGAGAUCCGCACGGAGGCAGACGACCGGGACGUGGGAGACGCCGACCCGACAUGCUCGUCCCGCUCGGGGCCCGCCCGGGCCUCCACCGCACCCCGGUCCUCAUCGGCCAAUUCUCUGUCUCGUGCUUAGGCUUACGUCACAUUUCCAAACUGGGGUCCGUCCGGGCAGCUUUCAGGAAUGAAAAGUAUGAUAUAAAAGACACAGAACUACACAGAGAGAGAAUAGUCGAAAAUAGUCGUGGGCAUAUUUUGUCAGCCUUUACUGUUGUUCAAUGUCUCUUGAGUACAAUUUUAUGACAUAUGUUGCAUUUCUAUUUUGUAGUUUGCAGUUGACCUGUACCUUUUGUUGCGUCGAUGAAUCCUCUCUAUAUGUAUGCUUGUCUCAGCUACCCAAAACGUCUGACCAAUGUCUGA